AUGUUGAUUGAUAAUAGCUUGUGGUCAAGAGUUGUGGAAGAAUAUCAUAAGUUUCACGACCCCGAGGAUGCUCUGCGAAGGAGUUCAGACGACUCGAGUAAUGCAGAAACUCUCAAUGAUGACUUUAGUUUUGUGCUUGGCGGUCCACCGACAUCUCGCACCAAACUCCUUCAUCCACCACCUCAACAGAUACAUGAACUAUGGCGCACUUUUGUGGAAAACGUUGAUCCUCUCUCCAAAGUUGUGCAUAUUCCUACAUUAGAAAAGGCUUUCCAUGAGGCUGCAAAUGAAAUAGAUACGGUCUCGCGGAGCUUUGAGGCACUCAUGUUUGCCAUCUACAGCGCCGCCGUUAUGUCACUGAGCGACGUUGAGUGUAAGGAACGACUUCACGAGCCUCGAAAGUCUCUGCGAUCUAGGUUAAUGACUGCUACGAAGGCAGCAUUAUCUCGAGCCAACUUCAUGAGCACAGCUAGCCUUGUAGUUCUCCAGGCAUUGGUCAUUCACAUCAUCUCAGCCCGAGACAUGUACGAGCCGCGUGCCCUUUGGACCUUGACAGGUGUGGCGGUUCGCCUAGCCAACGGCAUGGGCCUUGAUCGCGAUGGGACACUUCUUGGGCUGCCACCAUUUGAAACAGAGCUGCGGCGACGCAUCUGGUGGUUUCUGAAAGCGCAAGAUCUACAGAAUGCUGAACUGUGCGGCCUUCCCAAGUUUCGAGAUGUUGGCCUGAGCAGCGACUCCCCAAGGCGUCCCACCAACAUCAACGACAUUGAGCUCUAUCCGGGAAUGCCUGUCUCGCCGGUAGAGUCGGGAAGUUUGACGGACAUGACGUUUCUCGCUAUAAGAUACGACCUACUCUGGUUUGCCGACGCCCGCGUUGCCAAGUUUCGUCAUCAAGGCAAGAGUCUGAGCCAGUGGGAUCAGGAUUUCGCAUCCGGAGGUGAUAAGGCGGAGACGGAUCAGGGUGUAAAGGAAAUAGAAGAGCAUCUGGAAAAGAAAUACCUUCGGCGCUGCGAUCCUUCGCAGCCGCUGCAGCUCAUGUCGAUGCUGAUGGCACGGGCUGCGAUAGACACCCUUCGCUUCAUGACACACCACCCACGCAGAUGGACCAGCAUCAACCAGGCGCCACCAUUUGAGCGUCAAUGGGUGUGGGAAGUCAGUAUCAGGCUUCUAGAGCAGCGUGACAUGCUGCAGUCAAACCCCUCGCUGAACAAGUUUGCAUGGCACGCAGCGUUUACCAUGCAAUGGCCUGCUUUCAUCCACGUGCUCGAUAGCCUCCGAGCCAAUCCGUCUACGCCGGAUGCCGAGAAAGCGUGGAGAGCCGUGCGCAGUCUCUGUCUGAAAGCAUACGAUGCUCACAGGCUGCAGCGUAAUGGUGUUUAUGCUCUACAGACGCCGGCGUUUAUUUUGAAGCUACUGCAGCAACAAGAGGUGGAGAAGAUCAAAAUACAAGCCUGCUCGGAGGCCACUACCGCAUCAAUAGGUCUUAAGGACAGCACGAUAUCCAGCCAGGAAGACGCUGCGCAACACGGGGAUGCCGGUGGUCAAAAUCAACGAUUCGAGCAUGUCAAUGAGCACGGCAGCGAAGCUGAAUAUAACUAUGCUAUGGAAGACAUAGACCUGGAUUCUCUGCUGGCUGGGGACGUCAGCGCAGAUAACAGGGCGUAUCAAACCAUCAACUGGGACCAAUGGGAUCUUUUCCUCGCCGAUUCCAAAAUCAAUUGA